GAAACGGAAGUCUACUGAGCUUUCGAAACCAAAAUGCAAUUUCACUUGAUGCAUAACUCCAAGCUAAUAACAUCCAUGAACAUGACAGCUGCAAAACUGCUUUUAUGGGUAGGAAUUAUGCUGAUGCUAACACACCUUACUCUUUGUAAAAAGAAAAAAAAAGCUUCUUGCCCUCCUUUCCCUCAUACUACCCUUGAAAACGGUCAAAUUAUAGCUGUAGAAAAAGACAAGUUUCAAUUUCGCUGCAACCGUGGCUAUUUCCUGGCUUCACCUCCAGUUGUGCGUUGUUGGAGAGGAAAGUGGUCAUCCAUGGUCGAACCGAAAUGCUCAAAAAAAGAGGGUCAAUGCGAUGAUCCACCUCCAGUACACGGCAGUGAGGUUUUUGGAGACGAAAGAGAAGUGGGAGCUACGGUACAGUAUGUCUGCCUUCCUGGUUACAUUCUUAUAGGAAAUGGUAGAAGAACAUGUUUGGAAAACGGUUACUGGGAUGGAAUUACUCCAACCUGCAUGGAGGAGACAGAGCCAUUGCAAACCUUAGCAGAAAGGCUAAAAGAUAAAUUUAUAACAGAAGUAGGAGUUCAUUCGAACGACAGUAUUCUUCCAAAGGAGCUGGAUCGCAAAUCACUGAAGGAGGGGUUGGAAUUGGUGAUAUUGAUCGACCGCUCGAGCAGCAUAGAUCCAGAAGAUUUUAAGAUUGGAAAAGAUUUCCUGAAAUUUCUUUUCAGAGAAUUUGGCGUCAGAAAUGGAAAUAACACAACUGGUACUCGUGCUACAGUGAUUGCUUUUGGAUCUGAAGCAGAUAUUAUCUUCAAUGUGGAUGACGCAAAUAUUGCAGGUCCAGUGGAGGCUGACAGAGCUCUGGAUCAAUUAGAAGCAAACGGAGGAGGAACUGCUUUGGAAAAGGCUCUUUUAAAAGUGGCUUUAGUAACUGAAGGAUUAAGGCCAAAAGCUAAGAAGGCAAUCUUCUUACUCACAGAUGGAGAACCGAAUAUUGGCAGCGAAGGUAUCGACCCAGAACACUUAGCCCAGAUUCUGAAAAGUGACGCAGGGUUUGAGAUUUUCACUGUUGGGAUUGGAAGAGGCAUUAACCGGCAGCUGCUUUCGGAUAUAGCUUCAAAACCCCCACUCAGUCACGUCUUUAUCCUUGAUAAAUAUAGCGACCUGCAGGCUAUAAUGAAGAUCAUUAAAAAUCGUCCACCAGAAGCUCCAGUAGUUGAUCCCGGCAGAUGCGGAUACGUGCAGAAUAAACAGCAUCAUCUUAAAGUGUGGCCGUGGUUAGCUGCUAUUUAUGUUGCUAUUCCAAAUAAUUCCAGUAAGCCAAGAUUAAGCUUUUGUGGUGGCACGCUCAUCUGCAGUCAGUGGGUCUUAACGGCUGCAUCUUGCUUUUACCACGUCGAGAAAAAUGAAACGGAUGAAAACAUCCAGAUGAAUACACAGGAAGUAUUUGUAAGUUUAGGAGAGGAAGACUUACGAAAAGAGGAUUCAAAUCAAUUGAACUUCUAUGCCACCGAUGUCAUCACUCACCCUAAGUUUCGUGAGCCUAACGGCUUGCAAGAUAAUUUGGCACUCGUCAAACUGAAUGCUCCAGCACCGAUGGGACGAUUUCGUCCAGCGUGUUUACCUCCGACAGAAAAGCCAGUGCAUCUGCAUCUGGAUUUGAACAUAAACACUUCAAUUGCCGGUUGGGGUCUACCUCCCGAUCAAGAACAUGACAGAGAUAUCAAUGGUGGCACAACCAGAGUUCAUUUAUUGAGCAAGUCAGUAGCAUUAGAAGAAGAAGAUACUUGCGUUCAAACAAGUGGACGAGCAGCUCGUGUUAAUAUUUUCUGCGCUGGAACUGGGGCAGAUACAUGUAUUGGUGACUUAGGAUCGCCGAUCAUAGCAGUCGACCCCUCUACACAACUUCAUCAUAUCCUUGGCGUCCUCAGCAAACGAUUAAAGUGUAAACUAGGCCAUAAUCAAUAUGCAGAGCUCACUCAGUAUGUUAAAUGGAUAGACGAUGUUACAAAUAAAUGUCAACAGGAGCACUAUAUGGCUUAGAAGAGGAUUCAAAGCUUUGACUAAUAUUUGAGUUACCAUCUCCAGCAUUCUCGACUGUUGUAUUUGAGAGUAAACAAGUUUAAAAACCUAUAAUAUUGAGCACAAAGUAUGCUGUUUAAUAUUUUGCAUAAAUCAAAGAGAUGUAGCUCAAAAUAUAGUCGUGAAGGAAUUGAACGAUCAGCUUAUUAAAAUUGAUCAGUUUUGAACUAUGAAAUGGCAGCAUUGAUGAAUCAUAACGUACCAAUAAUAAAUCGACAGUAAAAAUAUAUAAAAAUUUUUAAUACUGAAUAAUUGUGUGAAAUAUUUAUCAUUUCAAAGCAUGUUACGAUUACCUGCCUUCAGUCCAAAUGUUGUUUGGAGAUUUAUUCAAAUUUAAUUAAAUUCACCCUUAAUCAACAAAACCCUUAUUAUGCUUAGUCUGCAAGACCCAAUUUCAAGAUUCCAAAUUAUCCAGUUGUUCCUCAAAAUUUUGUUUUUAGCACCAGAUGUGGUAUUAGUUGCGAUCCUCACAUUUUUCUCCGUAUCUGUUUUCAAAUAAAAGGAUGUUGUCACCAAAUGUUAUCGUCAUAUACUAUUUUAAAAGAAAUACUGUAUCAAAUAUAAAAAAAGCGAGGAAACAUAAAUAAAAGAACGUUACCGCCAAAUGUGAUUACCAUAUAUUAAAGAAAUAAAAUAGCGAAUAAAAAAAUCAUUGGGAACACCUAACACUCUAUGGGGAAUUCUAGAUAGGUUAUUUUUAAAUAUUUUGUGAUUUGUGCUGUUGAUUUUAUGUGGUGAUGUUUAAUACGUAAAGAAAGUUAAAAAAGUUAAUAAAGUUACAGACAUUAAAAAAAAAAAAAAAAAAAAAAAAAAAAAAAAAAAAAAA